AUGACAGCACCGCGAAACAUUAAAGAAAUACAAACACUGAACGGAAGGAUAACUGCGCUGAGUCGAUUCAUAUCGAGAUCGGUGGAAAGAAGUUUGCCUUUCUUCAAAAUUCUAAGGAAAAGAAGCCGGUUCGAAUGGAACAAUGAGUGCCAACAAGCCUUUGAAGACCUCAAGAACUAUCUCAAGGAGCUACCCAUCUUAACCAAGCCGGUGCCAGGGGAACCGUUGUAUCUAUACACUUCAGUGGGGGUAGAAUCGCUGAGUACUGUGCUAGUCCGAGAAGAAAGGGGUAUUCAGAAGCUAAUUUACUUUGUGAGCAAAAUCAUUCAGGGAGCCGAGCUUAGAUAUACUGCAGCAGAAAAGACAGCCUACGCUAUCAUGAUUACUGCAAGAAAAUUGUGUCCUUACUUUCUAUCACACAAAGUUAUCGUCAGAACGGCGCUGCCCUUUCAGCAAAUUUUGGGGAGGCCAGACCUUGCUGGGAAAAUGGUAAAAUGGGCCAUCGAAUUGGGAGAAUAUGAUGUGAUAUUCGAGCCACGCACAACCAUCAAAGCGCAAGCCUUGGCCGAUUUCAUCCAAGAAACCACAAGGUGGCCGCUGCGAGGACCAUGGACAGCACAGGUCGAUGGCUCCGUCACCAAGGAGGGGUGUGGAGUCGGAAUAUACAUUGAGUCACCGGAAGAUGGAACCUACCAGUUUGCGAUUAAAUUUAAGGACAAAUUGUCAAAUAAUGAGACAGAAUAUGAGGCAGUGAUAAGGGCCGCCCACAUCUUGAAAGAGCUCAGAGCAGAUACAGCCAUCAUCAAGACCGAUUCUCAACUAGUAGCCCAGCAGUUAAGGGGUGAAUGCGAAGUCCGUGAUGACAGAAUGAGGGCCUACUAUGAUCAGAUGCAACAAAUCAAGGAAAAAUUUGAAGAACUGGAAAUAAUUCAAGUACCCCGAGAGGAGAAUCGAAAAGCUGAUCUAUUGGCAAGGAUGGCCAGCGCCGUCGAACAAUCAUGGAACAAUGAAAUCACACUCCUGUUUGAGCCUAAGAAGAAUUCAGUGAUCCAAGUCUGCGCGGUUGAAAUUGGAAAUGACUGGAGAGCUCCAAUUAUUCAUUUUUUACAAACAGGGGAAAUAAUGGAGGGAGACACCGCAAGAUACGCUAAGUAUGAUAAUUUUUGUCUGAUCAGGGAUCAACUUUACAAAAGAUCUUUUACACAUCCGUUCCUUAAAUGUUUGUCACCGAAAGAGGCAGAGUUUGCUUUAAAAGAGGUUCAUCAGGGUUGCUGCGGGAACCACGCAGGAUACAAGGACCUGACCAGGAAAAUCAUCAGAGCGGGGUUUUAUUGGCCCGGCAUUGACAAAGACGCCAAAGCUUACGUGAAGAAAUGCGAAUCUUGCCAAAGGCAUGCGCCAAGGAUCAACACCCCAGGGGAGGAAAUGGGGAUAAUGUAUGCAGCGUACCCUUUCGACAAAUAG